AUGAGUGUUAUUUGCGUACAGGGUUUAUUACCACAAGCAAUAAAAAAUGACACUUCAAAUGGCCAUACUGUAACCAUAUUCUUUUUUAUUGGUGUAUUAAUUAUGGGACUAAGUUCUGCUUUAUUUCAUCAUGCAAAGUCUGUUCCUGAGGGUUCAUCAUAUUCAUAUUUAUCUACUUAUUUAUAA